AGACCUUCGAGGCCAAACUAUAUAAGGCUCGUGGACAUACACCCCUUCAUCCUCUUUUCUCGCUUCUCUUCUCCAUCCACAACUCCAGCUUUCAGUUCUUCAACACACUCUCCUUCUUUGCUCACUUCACUUCAUUCGUUAGGCCGGUCCUUUCAAUCUUUUUUUCAAACCACCACCUUCAUUCAAAAUGCAGUUCAGCAGCGUCUUCCUCAUCGCCUUUGCCACCGUCGCCGUCUCGGCCGGUGAGCUUCGCAUGGUCCGCCGCGAGAAGCCCGCAAAGGUCCUCGCUGGCAACCCCACCAUUGAGAUCACCGGCACUGGUGUCGACGACGUCAAGGCCAAGCCUGACGCUUGCGGAACUGUCACCCCCACGGGCCAGAACCCCCAGACCGUCUGCAUCAAGAAGGUCACCGCCACGGGAUUCGAUGCUACUGUCAAGGACAAGGUGACCAACAAAGUUGAGAAGUGCACGGUGGAGGGCAAGGAGGGCGCCUGCGGUACUGCUGGUGCCGGUGCCAAGCUGAGCAACCUGGCCGACGCUUAAAAGAGAGGACUUAUCUCAUUGAAGAUAUAAAAUGUUCUCACCAGGGAUUCUCGAAACAGCUCAUCAGGAGUGGGCGUCGAGGGAUGAAAACUGGGAUCUUGGAACAUAAUUCUUGGUAGCUGAGAGCACCAUGGGCUAUCUGCUAUCGCAAUUAGCUCUUGACAAACUAAUAAAAGCUCGG